UGGGGCGGGGCGGGGCGGGGCGGGGCAGGUAAGGGUGCGAGGUGCGGGAGGCCGCGAUGCGGGUGGCUGCGCUUCUUCUGCUGCUCUGCCCGCCGGUUCUGGCGGGGCGUUUCUGGCAUCUUACAGACCUGCACUGGGACCCCGGCUACGAGGCGGCGGCGGCGGCCGGGCAGCGCUGUCCUUCGGGCGGCUCUGGGGCCGCGCCGGACGCGGGGCCGUGGGGCAGCUACCUGUGCGACGCGCCGUGGCGGCUGCUGAGCUCCGCCGUGUCCGCCAUGCAGCGCCUGCUGCCGCGGCCCGACUUCGUGCUCUGGACCGGGGAUGAUACUCCUCAUGUCCCCAAUGAGCAGCUUGGAGAAGAAAAGGUUCUGCACAUCAUUGAAAAUCUGACCUCUCUGAUAAAACAGGUAUUUCCAGAUACUAAAGUCUAUGCAGCAAUGGGUAAUCACGACUUCCACCCCAAGAAUCAGUUUCCAGGGAAGGAGAACAGGAUCUACAACCAAACAGCAGAACUGUGGCGUUCCUGGUUGAAUGAAGCUUCUAUUCCUCUGUUCAGAGCAGGUGCUUUCUACAGUGAGAAGCUGCCCAGCCCAGGUACCAGGGGGCGAAUGAUUGUUCUCAAUACCAAUCUGUACUAUGACCAGAACAACCAGACAGCUGGCGAGGAAGAUCCCGGAGGGCAGUUCCAGUGGCUGGAAGAAACACUGACCAAUGCCUCUGAAGCAGGGGAAAUGGUCUAUAUUGUGGGUCACAUCCCUCCUGGCUUCUUUGAGAAGAAACGAGGCAAGCCCUGGUUCCGGAGGGAUUUUAAUGAACGAUACUUGAAAAUUGUGCAGAAGCACCACAGGGUGAUUGCUGCCCAGUUUUUUGGACACCAUCACACAGACAGCUUUCGCAUGUUUUACAGCAAUACAGGUUCUCCAAUCAAUGUCAUGUUCUUGGCCCCUGGAGUGACCCCCUGGAAAACAACAUUACCUGGAGUGAACAACGGAGCCAACAACCCUGGGAUCCGAGUGAUUGAUUACGAUGCAGACACCCUUCAGGUGCAGGAUGUGGUGACUUACUACUUGAACUUAACUCAUGCCAACCUGGUGGCUCCGGUAUGGGAGGAGGAGUACAGGCUGACAAGUGCCUUUCAGGUGCCUGAUGGCUCCGCACACUCCAUGCAGACGGUGUUGGAAAGGAUAUCCAAGGAUGCAAAGUACCUGCAGCAAUAUUACGAGUUUAACUCCGUCAGAUACGACCUCGCCCUGUGUGGGGAGGCCUGCCGAGUUGACCACGUUUGUGCCAUCAGGGAAAUUGAUUUUACAAGAUACGAGGAGUGCCUUAAAGCCAACAGCUCUUCUGCUGCCAUCGUCAGCGUUUGCCUUUUGUUGCUCUCUUUGCUCUUAGGGAUCUUCGGUCCCCAGCAAACACUUCAAUGACUGAGAGCGCGAGUGAAGAGAGGACGGCUUCGCAGUGCACAUGAAUUAGUGGUUGUGAAUGCGUUUGGAAUUGGGAACUUAUUUGAAAACCAAGGAAUAAUCAGUGCUUUGUAGUACAAGCUCUAUGACGUUGAUUGAACCGCUUCUAGAAAAGCUUGAUGCAUCAGAGAUGGUCACAAAUCCUUUUUGUGCCAGGCUGCCCUGCAGCAGGGAGUUUGUCUUCCUUGUGCUCCAACUCCUGAGGCCAGGCCUCUCUCUGAGUUGCAACUUACCCAUACUUAUGUAAUGAGAGCUGGGAGCUGCCACAUGUUCCUGAGGAAUCAGUACACGCUUCUCUUCUGAAAAGACAGCGCAGCUGGCGACCUGCAAGGUCUCGUUGUGGUGGCCUUGUGCAGCAGCAGCUUUGCCUGUUGUGUGCGAGCAAAGCCGGCUCGUGUCAGUGCUUCCUUUGACAGUGUGGGCCGUGACGUUCACGUGUCAGCAUCCACCAUGAGGCACCGGGGUAAGAAGCUUGAUUUUAUUUUUUCAGAUGCUGAGCACCGACAGCUUCACCCCAAGCACCUUCAGUGUUCUUUUAACUCACGGCUGCUUGUUUUCUUUAGCUGGGCAUUGCGAACUGCCCUUGACUCCUCACCGUUAAGAAACCCUCUGCCCCUUGCCAGCCUUCCCUUUGCUCACACAAGAACCACAGGGGAACCAAAACCAAGUGCCAUUGUUGGGCCCUUAGGGACAAGUGGAUGAGACAGUGCAGAAAUCCUUGUGCUGUCUGGAGGGAGUUGUGUGGAGGCAGCUCCAGAGAAGCGGUAGUGGAAGGGAGGUGUCAUGUCAGAGAGAAGCAAGGACACGGGAGGCACAGCCUGGUGCAGAGCUGCGGUCCGGCAGGGGUUGGUGCUAUCUGCCCCCGGCACAGCUCAGGAGAAGCACAGGAGCAGUGCCCACGCUCCUCGGGCGUGCUCAGGAUCAGCGCUCCUUGUAGGGGAAAGGGUGCUGGGGCCAAGCCUGGAAAUCAGCCGCUGGGUAGGGGAAGGAUGUAAAAAAUCAUGGAAAAAAAAAAAGUGUUCGGCAGCGCCGCCGGAUCUGCCAAGGA